UGAACGAGAGCUGGCCUGGUUGGUAGGUGGCUGAGAGAAAGGGCGGGGACUUUGUUAGCAGUUGAGGCCGGCGCGCGCGUUUGUGUGGAUCUGCGCGCGCACGCGCGGCGUCGGCUGGUGUCGGUUCCUUACCUCAGCCUUGUGUCACGCGCUCCUUUUCCCCGGCGCCUCCGCCCACCCCUUACCCACCCGCACUCUUGGUCUCGCCCGUUUCCCCUCAAGUCGCUGCUGCUGCUGCUGCUGCUUCUACUUCUAGUCUGGUGCGGGCAGGACCAUGGCGGAUCAGGACACCAGGGCUCCAUUAAUAAGUGAAACCAGAAGGCGCUUUGAGGCAGAAUAUCUACAAGCAAAAACAGAUAAAUAUGAUUCUAGAGAUACAGAGAGACUACAGCAAGAUGAUACCUGGGUUGAUAAUUUUCUGAUAUGGCGAGAAGAUAAUGUGGACGAUGCAUUAAAGAUGAUUGAUGAAAGCUUUCAGUGGAGAAAAGAGUAUGCAGUUCAUGACUUGACAGAAUCUUCACUUCCAAAGCGGUUCUUUGAACCUGGUGCCAUUUACCUACAUGGUUAUGAUAAGGAAGGCUAUAAAAUCUUUUGGUUCAGGGUGAAACUUCAUGUAAAAGAUUCUAAAACUCAAUUUGAAAAGAAGAAGCUAGUAGCCUUUUGGUUGGAACGCUAUGCCAGAAGAGAACACGGAAAGCCUUUGACAGUGGUAUUUGACAUGGCUGAAACUGGAAUUAGUAACAUAGAUAUGGAUUUUGUCCGAUACAUCAUCAACUGCUUUAAAGUUUAUUACCCUAAUUACCUCACAAAAAUUGUGAUCUUUGAACUGCCCUGGAUAAUGAAUGCUGCUUUUAAAAUUGUGAAAAGUUGGCUGGGUCCGGAAGCAGUGGGUUUGCUGAAGUUGACUAAUAAGAAUGAAAUCCAGGAGUAUAUCAGUGCUGAAUAUCUUCCACCCUAUAUGGGUGGAACUGAUACCUUCAAGUAUAGUUAUCCUCCAUUGGUUGAUGAUGAUUUUCAAACUCCAUUGUGUGAAAAUGGACCCAUGACUGGUGAAGAUGAAGUUGAAACCAAAGAAGAAACAGACAUAGAUAACAAGGAGAGUCCAGAUUCUAAUGAAGAACAAGCACUUAAUUCAAAAAAGGCAAAUUUUGCAGAACAAACUCCAAAAGCAGAAGAGUGUGAAAAACAAGAUUCCAAAACAAAAAAUGCAAAGAAAGCACUAACCACUUUUAAAGGACCUUUAUUGCACAUCAGUCCAGCAGAAGAACUGCAUUUUGGGUCCAAAGAAACUGGAGAGAAGAAAUGCUUGAUCGUUCUCACAAAUGUGACCAAAAAUACAGUGGCAUUUAAGGUUAGAACAACUGCUCCUGACAAGUACAGAGUGAAGCCAAGUAACAGCAGCUGUGAACCAGGCACAUCACUAGAUAUAAUAGUAUCUCUUCAUGGAGGUUGUGCAGCUUCCCUGCAAGAUCGUUUCUUGAUUAUGGCAGCAGAAAUGGAGCAGUGUUCUGGAACAGGAACACAAGAACUGGGUCAGUUUUGGAAGGAAGUUCCAAGAAACAAAGUGAUGGAACAUAGGUUAAGAUGUCAUGUUGUGGAAAGCAGCAAACCUUCUUCUUUAACAAUAAAUGAAAAUUCCUUCAAUGUUCCUGCAAAAACGAACGAAGAUUUACAUGUACAGCUAACACAGUUAUUGCAAGCUAAUAAAAGACUCCGAGAACAGAUUGAUAGUUGCGUCUGGUUCCAGCAAUUGACUCUCUUGUUUAUGUUUCUAUUACUGGCCAGUACUACCUUUUGUAUCUACUUGUUGUAUGCGCCAAGGAGCUAAGUAGCAAUGCUUUGUACGGUAAGCCCUCUCUGCAAUUCAUUUGGAAAAGGCAAAGAACCAGUACUAUGAAACUGCCAAAAAGGAGAUCUAUAUGAGACUCUCCAGAAACUGUGAAUCACAAGAUUGUGAUCUAUGCCUUUAAUCAACAAGUAGAGUGACUUUGUUGAUAUUUAUUAAAGUACAGGAAGUAAAACAGGAUAUUAAAGGAGUCAUUUUCACUGGGCAACCUAAUAACUGUUACAGAACAAAAGAUGUUUAUGACUUAA